CCGGCCCGGGGCUUCAGUCCCGGCCCACGCAUCUCUAGCCCACGCGCAUCCCGUUAGUCCGUGGUGUAAAGGUGACCGAAGGAAACCCUUGUAUAGCUUCCCGCAUCUUGUACUCUUUAUCCGAACUAGCCGAGGCCACCCCCGGGAUUUAGGACACGACCAGGCUCGAUGGGACCAUCCAUGCUGCUCGCGGUUUUCGUGCACGCGCGCUGAAAAUACGCCUGCGUUCUGUAAACAUCCGCUUCGGUUUUGGUUCUCGGUGUCAGUUUACCAAACAAGCUUGGGUCAUGCUUGACACCUGACAUAUCCUUCGUCCUUUUUUCUUUAACGCUGAGCGGACAGUUUCUCAACAGGGAACUUUUUCCCCCUGAAGUUUUCCGGUCGGAACCCAAGGGGAAUCGCAAUCUUCUUCACAAACACACCUGCUUCUUUUUUGCUUCUCUCUUUUUUAUAUAUUUUGAUCUACAGAAGGAAAGCGAGACGGCGACUUCAGUUGAUUACCUGUCUUUUCUUUGCUAUCCAAUGGAUAUUCACUGCAAAGCAGACCCAUUCUCCGCCAUGCACCGGCAUGGCGGAGUUAACCAGCUGGGUGGUGUGUUCGUGAACGGCAGGCCGCUACCGGACGUCGUGCGCCAGAGAAUCGUGGAGCUCGCGCACCAGGGAGUGAGACCGUGCGACAUAUCACGCCAACUGAGGGUCAGUCACGGAUGCGUCAGCAAGAUCCUGGGCAGGUACUAUGAAACUGGCAGUAUAAAGCCCGGGGUGAUCGGUGGUUCCAAGCCGAAGGUGGCCACUCCGAAAGUUGUGGACAAAAUAGCGGACUAUAAGAGACACAACCCCACCAUGUUCGCAUGGGAGAUCCGGGACCGGCUGCUGGCGGAGGGCAUCUGCGACAACGACACCGUGCCCAGCGUCUCCUCCAUCAACAGGAUUAUUCGCACUAAAGUUCAGCAACAGUACCACCCCUCUCCCGAUGGAACAUCUCUCUCAACACCAGGACACACUAUAGUCCCCAGCACAGCGUCCCCUCCAGUAUCAAGUGGAUCCAGUGAUCCUGUGGGUUCAUACUCUAUCAAUGGCAUCCUUGGGAUCCCUCGCUCCAAUGGAGAGAAGAGGAAAAGAGAUGAUGAUGGCUCAGAGGGUUCAGGGCAGAAUAGUGACUCCCAGGGCAGUGUGGAGAGCCUGAGGAAACACCUACGUGCUGAUGCCUUUACCCAACAACAGCUGGAGGCCUUGGACCGAGUGUUUGAGCGCCCAGCCUACCCUGACGUCUUCACCAGCACAGAACACAUCAAACCCGAGCAGGCUAGCGAGUAUGCCCUUCCUGCACUGAACCCAGGACUGGAUGAGGUUAAACCCAGUCUGUCCUCCAGCAGCUCCUCAGACCUGGGUGCCAGCGUGUCCCAAAGCUACCCUGUAGGCAGAGAUAUGGCCAACACAACCUUACCUGGCUAUCCACCUCACGUCCCCCCUACAGGACAAGGCAGCUACCCAACAUCCACACUGGCGGGAAUGGUUCCUGGGAGCGAAUUUUCAGGGAAUCCCUACAGUCACCCACAGUAUACAGCAUACAACGAGGCAUGGCGUUUCAGCAACCCAGCCUUACUGAGUUCCCCUUAUUAUUAUAGUGCAUCCCGAGCCUCUGCACCACCAGCUGCUGCCGCUGCAUACGACCGCCACUAGACACCAUGCACACCAAACCCAACACCGCCUCGGACUUCCUGUCAUGCCAGUGUGAACGCUGGAACAGAUUGGACAAGGGUCGCUUUGAACAUGUCACAUGAUGACGAACAAGCCAAUCAGGACACCAGAUCAGGCUCACCCACAUUCAGCCAUCCAAAUCCAAGCGGCCAACACUUAUAGUGGGUAUCCACAUCUCAAAGACUAAUGAGAAACCUUGGGAGAAAUGAUAGAAAUGUGGAAAUUGACACAAUGAGGCAAUUUGAAUCAACAGAUUUUGCUUUUCUUUUACAUUCAGAUUUUUUUAUUGUUGUGAAUGAAAACGUUCUUUUCUAUGACUGACACAUGGCAGCACAUCAUUUCUCUGCUCAUAUCAUGCUGCUCUCUCUCUCUCUCUCUCUCUCUCAGCUUUGCAAUGCAGUAUUAUUUAUCUGGACUCAUCUGGUGCUUCUUUACAUAUUCAUACACACACACACAUACAUACAGCAGAACAUACCUAAACUCAGCAUGUCAGCUCCUUCGUCUUCAGUUCAAAGCCGUGAAUCGAGGAUUAACACGUCGCCUCCUUGAAAAACAAUGUGACGAGAGAGGAGAAACAAACAGUUCUAUCUACAAGAAAAGGACAAGCCUACUGUAUACCCUCAUUUCCAUCCACCCAGACUGGGAAAUUAGUAAAUAUAUAUUCCUAACUUAAUUUCUUUUUUGCAUUUUCCUUUCUUUCUUUUUUUUUUUUUUAAUAUAAACUUGCAGGCUUAAUCCUAAAUGACAAUGCAGUAUGCAUGAUUUAUUUUUGUUAAUUGUGUACAUUUUUCCGGAUAUGGCAAUACCAGGUGUUAUCAUUUUCUCUUAAUUUUGCACUACACAUCGUUCUUACUUCAAAUGUACACCGGAAUCUGAUAUUCAAUAUCUAACCAAUUUGUGAUUACGCUUAAAAAAAAGGGAUGUAGUGAAGGACUCUAGUGUAAACCACACUGUAAAUUAUUAUGUAAAACCCUGGCAGCUUGUGUUACAUGAUUUAUUCCUUGUCCGAUCCUCAAAACUCAGACAGCUUAUACUAUAUUUAUUGUAGCUUUGACUGAAGGUUCGAAAGGCACAUUAUGAAGAAAUAUAUGACACAUACUACUGAUCCAACGUGGCAUCUAAUGCUCUGAAGGUGUUUACAAAACAUUUCUCCUGCUUCAUGCGUUCGAAAUGUCUUCAAAUUAAUCGUUAUAGCUGACACCACAGCCGGAUAACUAUUUCUUAGUUACUCAAAAUUGACUCAAAGUUAAACUUCUAAAUAAAAAAGAAUCCUGUGCUUUAGGAUGAUCCAACUUUCUUUAAAAAAAAGGGGGGGGCAAGUUAUUUCAUCCAACACUUUAAGUGCAAUUGCUUGUCAUUCAGACCUUUGUCUACACAAUCCCUUCCACAUCAAAUCACCCUGCGCUCAAAGGAUGAGAAUUUCACGGAGCACAAAUUAACGACAGUGAAUAAAUGAUAAUAUAUCAGAACUAACAUUACACUUGCCAAAGACUUUUGUUUAAUGUUUUUAUUUGCAGUCUAAUGUAUUGUGAUAACAGUAUUAUGGUAAAAACCAUUUUAAAAUAUGUACCUAUGCAGAGGAGAAAAAAAAAAUGCUGUCAUAUGCAUAUAAAACUACUGAAAUGAUUUUUAGUCUGUUUAUUUUCCAUUAUUUAUAUGAAUUAUUUUGUUCAUUUGUUAAUUAUGCUUUAUGAUUUACUAUGUACCAUUUUACCCUCUGUAAAUAGUCAUUUAAAAAAAUAUUGCAUAUUGCUCUGAAGCAGUAUCAUGCAUAUUGGUCUUAACUGUCAACUUUAAUAAUAUGAUAUGAAGCAGAAAGAUCAAUAUAGGACAACUGCCCUGUUGAACAGAGUUCUUAAAAAAAUAAUGGCCUCAGUUUGCUGUUGGGUGCAAAUAAAUAAUAUUCAUUCAUUUUCACUGAUAAAUUCCUUUGACCUGGAAAUUGCUAUGCAUAUGUAAAAGGAAUAUUUCUUUAAAACAUAAGAAUUAUUCACUGAAAUUAAGAUCGUACCAUAUAAUAUUUUUUAGCGAAAUAUUCUUUCCAUGCCACAAAAAUGAUGAGCACUCGAAGGACCAGCUGCACACCGACUCCUUCAUUUGAACAGAGCGUUGUCUGAAACCCUAAACGUUUCAUACCGAUACCAAUCAGAUGAAAAUCUUUCAACGAAUAUAUUAUUUUCUGCACACAGUGAUGCAACCUGUAUUCAAGUCACUCAGAACACCUAACAUAUAUUGAGCACGGAAGAACUGAAGGAUUUUUUGAAGGACGUUCUUCCUUGUGUCAUCUUUGAAUUUCUCUGGAAAUCUGACCACAAACUUUCAGUGUUCCUGAAUGAACCCAUGACACUUAAAGUCACAUGAGACGAUCACACGUUACCGAAAGCUGUCUUGACUGUGACGCGAUGUGGAUGAUUAAUGA